ACUCCCUCUGCCUCGAAGCGUCCCAGUAUAGUGACUCGUCGACAGUCUCUACUUCCACCUGGGCAGCAACAUCUGAUAAACGGUCUGCUAGAUCCAGGCAUCCUUUUCCAAAACGGUGGCCCCGCCAACAAUCGCGUUGCCACCGUCAACCCGGAAAUGGUAGCCCGCAAGAUAUGGGUCAAACGGCCAGGUGGAUCGGCCACCUUGGUGCCGAUACUGGAGGACGCAGUGGUCGAUGAGCUGCGUGACCAGGUGAUUAUGAAAUAUUCCAACUCGUUGGGGAGAAACUUCGAUUCGCCCGAUAUUGUCAUCAGGAUUGCACCCCGGGAAGGCACCAAUCGACAGCCAGUUUUGGACCGGAUAUUAAGUCCUGAAGAGCCAUUGAUGACGGUGAUUGAUACCUACUAUCCGGGAGGGCAGAAAAUAGAGGAGGCGUUGGUGAUUGAUAUUCCGUCACGUAAAACACCAAAGCCUUCUCCGCGUCACUCGGUCUACUAUCAUCACUCUGAGCCCGGCGAGCAUGGGGAGUACUUUCCUCUCAUGCCGGUCAAUCCUACGCCCCCUACGCACCAGUCCAACUCAUCGAGCAAUGUCAAUUCUCACCCUGCGCCUUCGAUAUCAAUCCUCAGCACAGGCAUGGCCCCUCCACUCCCAUCCCCGGGCAGUCGUGGCACCCGGCAUGGCCGUCGACCUCCUCUCACGCGGCAUGCAACAAACUCGCCGACAUUGCUUGGCCAGGCAACGGCUCCACCAGAAGCCGGUGUUUCCCCUGUUCAACCUGCGCCACCGGCCCCCUCAGCUCCUACGCCUCCAGGCCCUCCACCUGACUCCCCCCAGACUACCAAGACACAUACGCCCCCGACAGCAUCUCCGCGCACGCGCCCUCCUGUCAAGCCGAAAAAGGGCAGCAACUCGCAAUCGUUGAGCGCUGCCUUUGGUGGGCUCAUUGAUGGCACUGUUCCUCCGAUCAACGUUCUCAUUGUCGAAGACAACAUCAUCAACCAAAAGCUGCUGGAGGCGUUCAUGAAACGCCUUAAAGUUCGUUGGAAAUGCGCUGCCAAUGGUGAAGAAGCUGUGAAGAAGUGGCGCCAGGGUGGAUUUCACCUUGUACUGAUGGACAUCCAACUGCCCGUGAUGAACGGACUUGAUGCGACGAAAGAAAUCCGAAGAUUGGAGCGUUUGAAUGGAAUAGGUGUCUUUCCCAAGACUGCCUCUGGACGUUCAAGUGCCGCCAGUGCAAGCGCAACAUCUCCAGCGGAACGACCUCAUGAACCCAGAUAUUCUUUGACCCAGGAAGACACGUUGGAUGAUCUCUCUCUGUUCAAGAGUCCUGUAAUCAUCGUUGCUUUGACAGCCAGCAGCUUGCAGAGUGACCGUCAUGAGGCACUCGCUGCUGGCUGCAAUGAUUUCUUAACCAAACCCGUUGGCUUCCCCUGGUUAGAACAGAAGGUGACGGAGUGGGGAUGUAUGCAGGCCCUGAUCGACUUCGAGGGAUGGCGGAAAUGGCGUGGCUUUGCAAAUGACCCUAAGCCUGACCAUGAGCCUCCGACUACUGAUGGACAUGCUAGUCCCAUGCAGGUAGGCACUAACGGCGUACCGAAGACAACGGCCCCUGCGACACCCUCAUCUCUUCGCAGUCCAGCUCCCCAGGAGGUUGAACGUGAUCCUAUUGGGGACAACCCGGAAUUCAUUUCACCAAAUCUCCCCGAGCAGACGGACAUUAUUCCUCGACAAGUUCCUGAUAAUGAUUCGGCAACAGACUACCCUGCCAGUCCAAUGUCAUCUGCAGUUCCCGGGGACCCAGGCGUGGAAUGA